UCUUCAGUUUGUUAAUCUGCAUUUUUUUCUGCUUUAGGUUACUGAAGUUGUUGCUUGAGCUUUUGGGACUUUCCAGCAAGCAAUGGACUAGUGACAUCAUUAGCACCCCUAGAAUAUGAGUCUACUUGUGAGGAAAUGGUAAGUCAGCUUUUCUUCAAUACUGAGCGGGUCUUUGUUUGUUUUCCUUAAUAUUCUUAUUUUGUAUCUUGUAGGUAUAGAUCCACUCAAUGUUGAAGAACAGCUGACUUACGUUUUUCUUUUAGGCAGACUAAACUCCCUCCUCCAUCACUGACAGAGGUGAUACUAACAUCCCCAGGUUACUGAAUUUUGGAAUGUCUGAGCAUGAAUAGGAAGUCAAGAAAGCCCAUUGCAGCAGCUUGGAUAUCUCAAAACUGAAAGGAAAAAAACAAAAACAAAAAACCCCUAGCUAAACAAGUGAAGAAUUUACGGAAACGUAUGACUAUUUUUGGAAGUACUUUUGUCCACAGUGGGAGUUUAUUCAUUCACGAUGGGUUAUGCUGAGAAGGGGAAGGCCACAGCAAAAGGUCUGGAGGAUGUGAAGGCUAACUUCUACUGUGAAUUAUGUGACAAGCAGUAUCACAAACACCAGGAAUUUGACAACCACAUCAAUUCCUAUGACCAUGCCCACAAGCAGCGACUGAAAGAUUUAAAACAAAGGGAAUUUGCUCGAAAUGUGGCUUCAAAGUCAUGGAAAGAUGAGAAGAAACAGGAAAAAGCACUCAAGCGGCUCCAUCAGCUUGCUGAGUUACGGAAGCAGUCUGAAUGCAUCACAGGCAGCAGACCAGUAUUUAAAGCUCCCAGAAUGGUGGUGGGAAAGCAGCGGCAAGAAGGAAUUUUCAUAAAUAAAAAUGGCAGAAUCACAGCAGGUACUAAGAGCAUGCUUCUGCGUGAAGGACAAAACCUCUCCAGAUGCACAUUAGAGAAACAUCAGGAGCUUACACUAAGCAGGAACAAGCCACAUUCGGAGAGACUCUGUUCGCUUGGAAAUCAAGUCUCACAAGCGUUUUCAGAUGGCACCAGUAUUAGUCACAGGACAGGAGUGUCUUUCUCUUUCUCUAAAAAAGCCCACUUAAAGUUAGAGUCGUCAGCAUCAGUUUUCAGUGAGAACACUGAAGAAGCAUAUGAUUAUAGUGAAUCACCUCACCCCAAAACAAAACAAACUCCUGAGGGCUGUCCGUCAUGCACACUUUUGAGUGAGGAUACAAAAGCAAGUGUGGCUAAACAAUUAACUGUCCCACAAGGUCAAAUGGAUAUCACUGCAUGCAGCAAUACAGCAGUAAAAACAAAAACCCUGAAAGAAAAUGAGAAAAAAGAAUUAGAAGACGUUGUCACUGCUCAUCCUUCAUUUUGCAAAACUAAAACACAGCUUUCAAAUUCGUAUUUUACUGAUUUGCUUAGAGAAACAGAAGAAGGGGAGUUGAAUGAGACUGAAAAAUUGUUGGAGACUCUCAUCUCACCUCCCAGCCACUCUAGCAAUCUUUGUACCCAGCAAAAGCCUUAUAGGCACAGUGAUACAAUGCUAAGUGACCUCUUCACUGAGUUCCCACAACACCCAGCAGAGCAGGGAUAUGCAAGUGAACCACAUUACAAUCCAAAUGUGGUCAAGACAGAGACAUUUUCUGAGAGUUCAGGGACUUUGAAUGGAAACACAGAACCACUUAUGGGUGAGACAUUGGUUAAUGAGACGAAGCCCAAAGCAUUGCCUUUUCUUCAUGUACUGAGCAAAGAUGGUACCACGUCCCUUCGGUGGCCCAUGGAACUUCUUUUGUUUACAAAAACUGCACCCUGUAUUUCUUAUGGCUGUAAUCCAUUAUAUUUUGAUUUUCGACUUUCUCUAAACCAUAGAGAUCAUAAACAGCAUGAAACCAACACAGAAAGCUGUGGCAAGGUCCCUACAAAUAUGAAUGCAGAUGAAAAUGAAGCCUCAGGUUUAACAGAAAACAAACACAUGUCAAAGGAACAAGAUAAUCAGCCACUGAAACCAAAGAAGAUGAAAGGCUCCAAAACCCCUGAUACGGCCCAGCAAAAAGCUGAUUCAGACAGAGAGAAAGAAAUGAAUGAAAGUGGUCAAAAGUACACUUUGCAUGAUCUGAAUGAAAAUAUACCCAAAGUGCCUGCUUUCCUUGAUGUAUCCCAAAAGGAUUAUGCGAGAGAAAAUAGUCCCCAUGCCAGAAGGCCUAGGCGAUCUUUAAAGCACCAUUUGCAUAGCUGUGAAAGAAGCGUACACAGAGGUGGAAAUGAAAGCAUUUCCUUUUUGCCUUGUGUGUCUAGGAUUAAAAAGCAUAAAACUGCAAAAUGUGAUUUAAGUUAUUCUGAGAAAAUACAUGAAAACCCAAACAAUUGCAAAUCCAUUCAAAACUGGCCUGGGCGCAGCAGUGAUGUAAGUGACAGUGGAAAAGAUUCUAUUGGAAGUUUCCUUAGUUAUAAAUCAAGUUCUCAUAGCAAGUGUUCAGAAAAUGAGGGGGAUGGAAGUUAUACAAGAUACUGGAGAUUCUCGUCCUCCCAAAAGUCAUCAUCUGACAGACAUUCUAGCUAUUCUGACACUUCCAUUAGCAGUACAACUAGUUAUGUAAGUAGCUCCUCUAGUCACAGAUCAAGUGAUCACAGUAGAAGUCAUUGGCUCUUUUGUUGUAAAAGAAAAAACAAGACAGUUGAAAGGCACAAAUGUAAACACAGAAAGCACAACUUUAUUUCCUCUUCUGAUGAUGUAGAUGAGAAUUACCUUUUCUACAGUAAAAGUCAAAGAACUAAAAACUGUGCACAGGGUGAAACAAUUAAAUAUGAGAAACAUCCAAGAUAUAAGGGUUUACACUAUAGAGACAGUUCAAAACAAAGCAGAAAUACACACCUACAGUCUGGCAGAAAACACAGCAGAAGUAGAAGACACUACAGCUCCAACAGUUCCCCCACCAGACUUUCAGGAAGCAGUGGAAGAUCAUCCAGUUGUGGACGAUCAGGAGUCAGUAGUUCAGGAUCCUUCUCAAAAGAAACAAUGUGUUACUGGAACAAAAGCAAAGAGGAUACAGAAAGCUGUUACCGCACCGAACAAGGAAAGACGGAAUCUACACAUUUUGACGCGCAGAAUGUAACUUGCCAGUCAAAAAAAUUUCAUAUUGGCUCUUCUGAAAACUCAGCAGGCAACACAAAGGAACAGAGAACAUCAUUGACAGCCAGGCUCCUUUUAGAAAGAAUGCAAUCCAAGAAAAAACAAGAACCAGCCCAUGGUUCAGAGGGAUUAUCAAACAAUUGUGAGGUGGAAUUGGAGGCCCACUUUGCUAGUACAUUUCCAUCAUCAGUAGGUGACAUAGCAAUGUUACCUAUGCCCGAGAAGGCCCCAGAUAUAAGUGAAAAAGUUGUAAGGAAUGAUGAAACCAGUUCAUUGGAAAGCAGGGCAAAGAUAGACAAUUUUGAAGUUUCACAGACAAAUAACAUUACCCUUACAAAAGGCACUGAUUAUGAUAAUUGUCUUUUUAAAGAUGUAAUUCAAAUAGGAAUCGGCUAUCAGUCUCCUGGCAUAAAAAGGAACACAGCAAUAAAGGAACAAUCCAAUCUCUUAAUUAGUGAAGUACAACCCUUUAUACAAAGCUGUGACCCUGUACCAAAUGAUUUCCCUGGUGCUUUUCCUUCAAAUAGAUAUUCUGUUGUUAAUCCAGCAGAGACCAAAGAAGAACUACAUGAUGUAAGCAUGAACUUGCAUCAGGUGGAAGGAAAUGUCAACACUUAUUGUGACAAUGCUAUGCAUAAGUGUGAUGAAACAGAAAAUGAGCUAGAAAUAUACAGAAAAUCCAUCUCCCCCCCUUUAACUCAACAGCCUAUCACAUUUUCACCUGACGAAAUCGACAAGUAUAGGUUACUUCAGCUGCAAGCCCAGCAGCAUAUGCAGAAACAAAUCCUGGCAAAACAUCUGAAAGUUUUGCCUGUCCCAGGACCAUCUGCUUUCUCUGCAACACCAGCAGUUCAUUCUGUUCCCAGCCAGCACCAUGCUUCUGUCACCACAAUCCACCAUACACUUCUGCAACGCUUUGCUUUCUCCACUUCUGUACAUCCCCAUAGCGGCCAGCUUUCCUUGACCAAUGUACACCCACUUUCUGAACCACACUUCACUCCCAUAUCACUUUCGCCUUUAACUCCAACCAUCAUUCCUUCCCACCAUGCUCUCAUGACAGGACGCCCACUGCAUUUGGUCACCUCCACACCCAUUCACCCUUCCUAUCUGACCCUCCCUGCAUUGCCACAUGCUGCGUUUUUCCCUACCUUAUUCACUCCACACCUGAAUGCCCUACAUCUGAAUCCUUUAAUUCACCCUUUGUUCCAAGGGCAAGAUCUUCACCACCAUUCUUGCUCUAGUUAGACCCAGCAGAUCAUUGGAGUGAAAACGUUUUCAGUGUUUCUAGUUAUUUCAGUUAGCAAAACUAUUGCUCCUUUGCUGCCGAAAAAAGGUUUUUUUGUUGAAGAAAAACUCUUAUUUCAUGUUCAGUCACACAUGUAAAGGGAAGUCUGUCAUGUAAGAGAACAUCAGCAAUAUUUAAAAGUCAAUAAAGUUAUGGUUAAGAGAGCAUGAGUGUUGAUUUAGUUUUCACACCACCACGUGAAAGCUAAAACUAAAACUAGAAGGAUGGAAUACUGCUUACUUUGGCAGAGAGUAAUUUACCUUGGAAUAUUGGCAGAAUUCCGGAGCUGUAAGUAUCACUGGGACUCCAGUUGGCCUUGAGAUGUGGGGAACCGUACCUAAUUCCCUGAUGUUUUUAUUCCCCUGCCAAGCAGAGUUAUAGUACAGGAGAACAUCUUGCUCAGAUUUAUACGUACCCCUUCUCAGAAAAUGUGUGCUGGAAAUUAUAACAUAGUAUUGGUCUCAGUUUGACCAAACAUCAGCAGGGUUACCUUGAGCAAAUAAUUCUCCGUAUGCAGUCUUUGGUUAGGGAACCAAAAUUUCACUGGAAAGGCCAAAUUCUACCUCAGUCCUAUGCAAUCCUACUGAAGCUACAAGUGAUACACUGGUAUAAUGCAGGCAGAACGUGGCAUUAAUUGGCAAUUGUAGUGGACAAUUCCAGCAAUGAAAUAUAAAUAGCCUGAAAAAAAACCCAACUGGUAAACAACGAACUUCCUAAUGUAAUUUCCCAGAUGGCCAAAGUACAAGUUAGGGUUGUGAUUCAGCAAAUCACUGAACUUUGUGCCCAGCCUUCAAAUACAUGAGUAAUUCUAGUGACAUUAAUGGGCAUAGUCAUAUACCUAGAGUUCACUAUGUGCUUCAGUUUGUCAUAUUGGAUGAUGAUGUGAUACUUCAGCACUGAAUACAUUGUGUGAAACACCUGGCUUUAGUAACUCUGGUUGAGCAUCCAUCAUGAGUAGAUUAGAAAAUUUUGCAUCAGUUCUAUAGCUAUCACGAGCGAUAGCUAUAGUUCAUUAGCAUUUUAUAACCUAAAAAGACCAGUUCCCUGCCCCGCCCCAAAGAAAAUACGACUUAAAGAGCCAAUCCAGCAUCUACUAAAAUCAAUGCAAGCGACUCCAUUUUUCAGAGUUAGUUUGUGAUUUAUGUAGACACCACGCUGAGAAAAGUGGGAGAGCAAGGGAAGAAAGGACAGGCUGAGUGACUGAGUGGUGGAACUCAGCAAAAGUUUUGUUUAAUUUUUAAAAUUCCAUAGUCUUCAGGCAAGGGAGGUAGGUUUAUAAAACUUCUUAAAGAACUAUAGUUCUGGAGUGACUUGGGGAAGACAUGUAAAACAGGUCUAGAAAGUUUUCAUGGCAUAUGGAUCAUAAGGGAAGGAUAGUGGGCAGCAAUUAAGAAGGCAAACACUUUACAAGAUCUCACCUAGUGACACCUGAGUUACAACAUUCAUUUACGGCACAAUCACUAAACUAUGAAUUAGUGUGAGAUCUCAGAUGUCACUUUGGUAACUAUUGUCACGUGUUGACAUUUUAGGCUCUGACCCAGCAACAUACUUAAGUCUGCGAUGGUCUGUUUUUAUUUAGCAAAGCAGCUAUGCAGUUAAACAUGUGCUCAGUUUUUUGUUAACCAGGUGGGGCUUAAUUAUGUGCUUAGGUGUUUGGCUGAAUUAGGGCCUUACUGACAAUCACAGUGCUCCAUGAUGCUCCUGAUGUUUUAUGCUUAGAGUAAAUUGAAAAUCAAGCAAACAAAUUUAAAUUAAACCAACUGCAGGUGGUUUAAAAGAUGUCCAUUGCAACAGGAACCUAGGCCAGGUCUACACCAGAUCUGAAAGGUUGGCUUAAGAUACACAACUCCAGCUACGUAAAAUGCACAGCUGGAGUCGGCUUAACU